UGCCGCACACGAGGAAUCGCGGGAAACAACAGAAAUCAACAUCAAUAAUGGGGAGAAAAUCAGCCAAAGGAAAAGCAAAGAAACAAAGGAGGAAAGAGGAAAGUGCUAAAUAUGCUGUGUCCUUUGCCAAAGUGGAGGCAGCAAACAAGAUUAAAGAUCCAAUGGAUUUGGUUGCACCAUUUAGAAAAUAUGAAAGAAAUGGGAUUAGUCUGAAGAUAGAAUUUUUUCGAGCGGAGGACCUGACCCAAGAAAUGACAGACUGGGUAUUUGAUCUUACGAAGAAAAACAUGCAAAAGUUAUAUGAGGAAAGCGACUGGGGCUGGAAAGAUAAGGACAAGCUGGAAGAGAUGACAGAGGAAAAAGCACUUUAUCUCAUCGCCAUGGACAAAGACUCCAAACCAGUAGCAUUUACACACUUUAGAUUUGAUAUGGAAUGGGAUGAGGAAUUAGUUUACUGCUAUGAACUCCAAGUAAUUGAUGAAUACAGAAGGAAAGGUGUUGGAAAGUUUUUGAUGCAGAUAUUGGAAUUAUUGGCAUAUAAGACUGAGAUGAUAAAAGUUAUGCUAACCACCUUUAAGAGCAAUAAGAUGGGAGAAACGUUCUUUAUGAAAGCUAUGAAGUACACAAUAGAUGAUACAUCACCAGAAGACCCACUAUGGGAAGAGAGAGAAUACAAAUACCAAAUACUCAGUAAAGAAAUUAGGCCAGGGUCUAGGCCAAAACCCUGCUGUAAAAGUAAGGGGGAAUGUAUGCAGACUUCACCAGUAAAAGCAGCAUCAGCCUAGCCUUAAAGUAUCAACAUAGCCACAUAUCAUCCCAAAUCACCACCUGGAAACAACACGGAAAAGUGGUCUGGUUUUGACUGCCUAUGAUCUGUGGAAACAAUCUCCAAAUUAUUGGAAGCAAUUAAUUACUGGCUUCAAAACCAGAUGGUUUUUAUUAUCAGUUAAAUUAUUGGCUAGAUAAAUGGUACAUUCACAGAACCAAAUACAGGUAGAGGGAAAAGUUGUUAACAUACAAACUAUAAACAGUGGGGAGGAUGUAACAAUCCUGGUGUAGGACAUAAACGCUGUUAUCACUGGGGAGGAUGUGACAAUCCUGGUGUAGGACAUAAACGCUGUUAUCACUGGGGAGGAUGUAACAAUCCUGGUGUAGGACAUAAACACUGUUAUCACUGGGGAGGAUGUAACAAUCCUAGUGUAGGACAUAAACGCUGUUAUCACUGGGGAGGAUGUGACAAUCCUGGUGUAGGACAUAAACGCUGUUAUCACUGGGGAGGAUGUAACAAUCCUGGUGUAGGACAUAAAAACUGUUAUCACUGGGGAGGAUGUGACAAUCCUGGUGUAGGACAUAAACGCUGUUAUCACUGGGGAGGAUGUAACAAUCCUGAUGUAGGACAUAAAAACUGUUAUCACUGGGGAGGAUGUAACAAUCCUGGUGUAGGACAUAAAAACUGUUAUCACUGGGGAGGAUGUAACAAUCCUGGUGUAGGACAUAAAAACUGUUAUCACUGGGGAGGAUGUAACAAUCCUAGUGUAGGACAUAAAAACUGUUAUCACUGGGGAGGAUGUAACAAUCCUGGUGUAGGACAUAAAAACUGUUAUCACUGGGGAGGAUGUAACAAUCCUGGUGUAGGACAUAAAAACUGUUAUCACUGGGGAGGAUGUAACAAUCCUGGUGUAGGACAUAAAAACUGUUAUCACUGGGGAGGAUGUAACAAUCCUGGUGUAGGACAUAAACGCUGUUAUCACUGGGGAGGAUGUAACAAUCCUGGUGUAGGACAUAAAAACUGUUAUCACUGGGGAGGAUGUAACAAUCCUGGUGUAGGACAUAAACGCUGUUAUCACUGGGGAGGAUGUAACAAUCCUGGUGUAGGACAUAAACGCUGUUAUCACUGGGGAGGAUGUAACAAUCCUGGUGUAGGACAUAAAAACUGUUAUCACUGGGGAGGAUGUAACAAUGCUGGUGUAGGACAUAAACGCUGUUAUCACGGGGGAGGAUGUAACAAUCCUGGUGUAGGACAUAAAAACUGUUAUCACUGGGGAGGAUGUAACAAUCCUGGUGUAGGACAUAAACGCUGUUAUCACUGGGGAGGAUGUAACAAUCCUGGUGUAGGACAUAAAUGCUGUUAUCACUGGGGAGGAUGUAACAAUCCUGGUGUAGGACAUAAAUGCUGUUAUCACUGGGGAGGAUGUAACAAUCCUGGUGUAGGACAUAAAAACUGUUAUCACUGGGGAGGAUGUAACAAUCCUGGUGUAGGACAUAAACGCUGUUAUCACUGGGGGGGAUGUAACAAUCCUGGUGUAGGACAUAAAAACUGUUAUCACUGGGGAGGAUGUAACAAUCCUGGUGUAGGACAUAAAAACUGUUAUCACUGGGGAGGAUGUAACAAUCCUGGUGUAGGACAUAAAAACUGUUAUCACUGGGGAGGAUGUAACAAUCCUGGUGUGUGAUUAUAAGAUUUGAAGAGUUCCCUAAAAUCUGUGGCUAUUAUACAAAUUCCUUAAUUGUUUGUAAUGUUUAAUCAAGAUGAAUCAGGAUUCAUAUUGAGUAAUGCAGUACUUCAAAUGUACAUUCUCCAUCAAGUUCCUAGACUGAUCCCGAUUCUUGUUAGUCCUUAGCUCCAAUUUAAUCUGGGUCCAAAUGUUAAGUCAAAAAAGGAUCACUGUGCUAUUCUGUUGCCUUCAGCAGCCUGUAAAUUGUGUCAUGGACAAUCUGAAUCUUUAUGAUUAGUGGAUGGAAGGAAUAGCUGACAGUAGUAUGACAGGAAAUGAAUCUUGUGUAGAUUUGUGUGGGAGAAGUAAACUUAUUUUUCAGUAGUUGUGUAUAUAGGAUGCUUUCAAACCAACAUAAAAUAAUGGAUACCAACAAAUUGAGUUCUGUAAAUCAACUGAAUACAUUUCUAGUGUAAAUCAUGAAAACAUAUUAGAAAGUCUGUUUAUUUGUGUCUUGAAACUGGUACAUGUAAAUGGACACAGCUGUCUGAUACUGUCUUAUUUAGGCAGUGUUUUAUUAAGCUUUGUUCAAGAUGGUGUUUUGAGCGAUUCAAUAACUUCGUGUUAUAUGAAAUGGACGUGUGAAAACGUGUGAAUCAGAGAUCUUUAAAACAAAAUACACAACCAGAUAGAUCUAACGGGUAAAGUCUAGGGGAGGAGUUCAUUACCAAGUAAUGAGUGUUUUCCAUUGUAUAUUUACAUUUUAUACAAAUUUGCAAAACUUCCGUAUACAUUUCAUAGUAUGUGAAAGUAUACUGAUAUUUACAUUUUUAGUAAAGGUGUCAAAAACA